AUGGCAAGCACAUCUCUAGCUACACUCCCAGUUGAGCUCCUGACUCAGAUCGGCAGCUAUCUAUGCCCCUUGCGCUGCGGAAAAUAUCCCUCCAGCGUGAGCCAGAAGCACCUCUCCAGACUCAGUCGCACAUGUCGGCGGCUCCGCGAUGUCUGCCAACCGCUUCUAUUCGAGUACUAUUACCAUUCCAAGUCCCUGACACCUCUUCUCUCUUUCCUCCGUACAUUGGAUGCCCGCCCAGAUCUCGCAAAGUGCGUGACUAGUCUGGACUUCCAUGAGCCAGGCCAAGCUGAUAGCCUCAGCGACAAAGAUCAACAGCUGCUGGAGAGCUGCAUCGCCAAGCUCGGUCUGCCCCUGUUGCCAGCCGACUGGCAAGACUAUCUGGGCACGGAAAGGCGCCUGCUCGCGGCUGAACUUGUGGUCGCGUCGUGUCCGAAUAUCGAGGUUCUCAGGGUACCCAUGAAUCCGGAAUGGAUGGUGAGCGUACUUGCCUCGCUUCCAGAAGACUUUGUCUUUGCGAAGUUGAGGAAGCUAGAUGUUUGGCUUUACUAUAUCAGCGGCGACCACUAUGGUAUUGGGUAUGGGAAGAUUAGGGGGCUGUUGCAUGCGUCACCGAACCUGGAGCAUCUGUCUCUUCCCUCCAUUGAGAUGUUUUAUCCCGGCCAGGCGGGAGUACCUAUCUUGGAGAAGCUGAGGCACCUCGAUCUCGGUGAGGGUGCGCCGUCGCCGUACUUUCUCGACUGUGUUCUUGAGGCGUGUCCGAAUCUCCAAAGGUUCGAGCUUCAUUGGGUUGACUCGGACGGAUACGACGAGGAUUCCGAAGAGUGGUCGCCUUUGGAUGGAUGGCGGGCCUUGCAGCAUGUUCGGAGCUCUGUCCGCGAGAUCAUCUUCGAGACUGCCAUUGAGUUCCGGGACGAUGAUAAUCUGGAAGACGGCGUUUCGACGCUGCGCGACUUUGCGCACUUGGAGAUCCUCAAAGUCAAUGGCAUCGCUCUGCAAGCGUUGUAUAAAGUCUGGGCGCAUCAUAACCGCCACGGCAGUAUGGAGGGGUUCGUAUACCAGGUGUUUCCGUCUACGAUUAAGGAGCUUACUAUCUGGGAUCCGCAUGCGUCGUUAAUCGAGGCUGUCCGUCUUCUUGCUCGAGAGGCUGUUCGCGAACGGUAUCCCCGUCUAGCGAGGGUAACCGUUUCCCAAUCCGAGCACCUGUCAGGAUACUUUUUUGAUGUGGUACAAUGGGUCAGAGAAGAAGCCACCGUGAGGCGCGACUAUGAGCGUUCGAGGAUAGAGUUGUGCAUGGAACUGCCGCAGGUCCCUGAUUACACAGAUUUCCCCUAUGCUUUUAGAUAG